AGACCUGAGUGAGAACUUCGCCACAUUUGUGAGCGACAGCCAGCAGUGGAUGUCCCGAUUGCAAAGUCAAAGCGACGCGGAGAUCGGCAGCGCCGAGUAUCUCGGCAGCGCGGCGGCCCAGAGCCUGGCGUCCUACCCGGGGCUGGCUCAGUUACUUCCGCCGGCAGUCGAAGCUUCGUGCAGCUCGUUCUCCUUUCCGGGGAAACCGUACGGGGAGCUCGGCAGCUGCGGCGCGGCGUCGUCGUCGUCGUCGUCCCUCACGGCGUACGGCUCCUCGGACGCGUUCGCGCCGUCGAGCGAAGCCGGCCCGGCGCCGAACCCCCACCGGCCCCGAGGAAGGCGGUCCAUUCAGCUGACGAGACCCAAGAAGUGCUUCGUCUGCUCGUACUGCGGCAAGGCGUUCGAGCGCGUCGGCCACCUCGAAAGACACUUACGGAUCCACACCGGCGAGAAGCCGUACGGCUGCCACGUCUGCGGGAGGUGCUUCAAUCAGAAGAGCAGCCUCAAGGGCCACAUGAAGACGCACAGGAACGGGGAGAACCCAGACGCGCUGGAGCCGCAUCACCUGAUGUUUACGAUGCCUGAGAAUCAACCGGCGGAACCCAAGACCGGACUGGCGGCGUUAGAGGAGCAGUACCUGGGCGGCGGCGGCGCUUACAGCGAGGCGUUGGACGAGCGAACCGUGAUGGUGAAGCUGGAGCCCAACGGAGAGGACCUUCACGCCCCGGGUCAGGCUGGGGACCGAAGUCGGCCGUGGACGUCCGUCGCCGAGAAGAGCGGCGGCGGCGGCGAGCAGACCUUCAAGUAUCGCCUCGGGACGGCCGGCGAGCAGCCGGGAUGCACGCCGCCGGCGGGGGAGCUGCUUUUUCUCCGCGGCAAAGAACGGGAGGAAACGAUGCUCGGCGGUCCGUACUCGGGGCGCUCCGACGCGGCGGAAGAGACGCCCGCGCACGAGUACGCGGCGGCGAGCGGCGGGUUUGAAUUCAAUAUGGCCGCCGCGGAUGACUGCGGGGACGGGGACGGGCAGAACUGCUUCAUAUGCUCCACGUGCGGACGGAGCUUCGAUUGCUUCGAUUCGUUUCAGGGCCACCGGUGCAACGAUGUCACGGAGCCUUCACGCAGAUUUACUUUGCACGAGUCAAACAUGGCGACGUGCGUUCCCUUCCAAACGCAGUUAUCCUCAAUAAUGGAGGUUCUGGUGAAAGCGGCCGUGGCGGAAAUCUCCAAACUGGUCGAUGACAAAUGCGCGUGCCUGCACCUGGAGAUCUCGCGGAAGCAAAGCGAGAACGACGCGCUGAAGAGGAAGCUGCUGCUGCGGGACGACGGCAAGCUGCGGCGAGGGUCCGAGAACUACAUGGGCCGAGGAGCCGACGUGGGGAACUGCCCGCGUCCCGCUGGCGAUGUCAAGUUCCCCGACAUCGACGAGGCCACCGUGUCGUUCACCAUCAAAGAGGAAAGUCCCGACGAGAUGCUGUGGAUCAGCGACUCCGUCGGCCCGAUUGGUUCCGUCGGACAAUACCGCCGUCCGGCUAGUCGGGCCGCCGCCGCCGCCGCAGAAGGGGGCCGUCGGAUGAACCACUCGGAGGUCGCCGCCAGGAAAGCGUCCCAGUUCGGCGACCCGUACGGCUCCGGUCAGCACGCGGGAGACGACGGCGGCGGCCUCCAGUUCACGGUCAAGACGGAGAAGGAGGAGGACCGGUCGGCCUUCGUCCAGGACGGGUGCCAGCACGGCGCCGGGAAGCAGGCUCAACUGGCGGCCGACUUUUCCAUGGACGAAAGGGAGAACCAGCUGUGGUCGUCCAUCAUCGAAGGCAACGACAUCGACGCCGGUUUCCCGGACUUCUCCAGCGUGGUGGAGGAGUACUCCAACACCUUUCCGGACCACUCUGACGUCCACGCCGGCGUCCAGCAGCUGUCCGCUCAGAGGCCGUGCAACGGGGUCUACGGCGGCGACGUUCCGCAGUCGUCCGGCGGUUUCAAACCCCGGCCUCCGGACCGGGCGAAGGAGCAGCUUCACUCGCAGAGGAACGCCGAGGGUGACGGCGCGGCCGGGGAGCACUCGCACAACACUUUCGCGGUAGCCGGCGGCGGUGGCGUCGGCGUCUGCGGCUUCCACCCCCACAAACCGCUGUCCGGCGCGUCGCGGGGCUACGCCUGCUCGCACUGCGGCAAGACGUUCGGCCGCCACCACCAGUUCAAGCUGCACCAGCAGAGCCACAAGAGGAAGCGGGCGUUCUGGUGCACGGUGUGCGGCAAGAGCUUCCAGUGCUCGUCGCACCUCAGCAUCCACCACCGGACGCACACGGGCGAGAAGCCGUACGGCUGCGGCCAGUGCGGCAAGAGGUUCACGCAGCAGAGCAGCCUGAGGGUCCACCAGCGGACGCACAGCGGGGAGCGGCCCUACAGCUGCUCGCUGUGCGGGAAGACCUUCAUCCUGAUGCACCACUUGAAACGCCACAGAAUCAUCCACACGUACAGCUGAGGCCGACGGCGACUCGGAUGGGAAAAGACAAAACGAUGAAAAACCAGCCGCGCAUUCGGUUGGGAUUCGGCAAAGCGUCGCUGCUCACGGACUAAAAGCAUAUUCCACUAUGCAAAAUCCAUCCGGAUGGGAUUUUAAGAUGCUUGCUUAAUUUUUAAUUACCUAUUAUUAUUAUUAUUAUUAUUAUUAUUAUUAUUAUUAUUAUUAAAAAGGUCAAACUGAAUUGCACCCUCAAACAAAGUAUAUUUUUUCACACACCGUCAAAGCUAGAAAUCCCCCCAAAAAACCACGAGGUCCAAAACGUCUAGUGUGCAUAUUUUUCUCUUCCAGUUCUUCUGCAUACGAUCUUAAAUUAGUCUUUUAGCUCCUCUAGUAUUAAAUAUGCCUUAUUUCAUCUCGUGGCUUUCCAGAGAGUUGUUUAUGUUUUGAUGUCAACAUUUGGUAAAACUUUUAAACUCUUUACAUAAAACA